UAAAGACAACCUUACAAAAUUUAUAAAAAUUGGAAGAAAUGUAUCGUAAAACUGUCAAAGUUAAUGAAGUUCCCACGGAAAUUAUUAGUUGUACUCCUUGGACUGAGAAUAAAGUACUUCAAGAUGGAAAACAAGAUAUUAUUCUUAUCAUAACAGGAAAUCCUGGCGUUCCUGCUUACUACGAAGAAUUUGCUAUUAGUCUUAAAAAUUGCUUAUUUAAAAAGUUACCAGUAUAUAUCAUUGGACACUCUGGACAUACAAAGCCACCACCUAAUAUGUGUAAUUAUUAUCCAGAUAUUCGAACCGAAACACAUUUGUAUGAUUUAAAGGGUAAUUUGGAACAUAAGGCUGAAUUUAUAAAAAAAUAUCUACCACCAAAUACUAAGAUUCAUUUAAUUGGUCAUUCUAUUGGUAGUUGGUUUGUUUUAAAUUUGUUAAAAGAUAAUGAUAUUGCUACCAGAGUUGUAAAGUGUUAUUUACUAUUUCCUACUAUUGAACGCAUGGUUGAAAGUCCUAAUGGAUGGUUUCUGACUAAUGUAAUACUAAGAAUAACUCCCAUUAUUAUAUUCUUGUCUUGGAUUUUUACUAUGCUUCCUAAUUUUUUACAAGAAUAUUUAGUUAAAGUAUUUGGAUUAUUUUAUGGAUAUUCAACACCAAGUAUAGUCGAUGCUGUAUUGCAAACAAUACAUCCAAUGUCAUUAAAACGAAUCUUCUUGCUUGCUAAGCAAGAGAUGAUUUUUGUAAAAGAAUUAAAUAAUUCUUUAAUAUUACAACAUAAAAAUAAACUUUUUCUAUAUUAUGGCAGUAAGGAUGGUUGGACACCAGUUAGAUAUUAUGAAGACUUAAUGAUGAAUCAUCCUACCCUAAAUGCACAGCUAUGUAAUAAAGGAUAUCUGCACUCAUUUGUUUUAAAGAAUUCUGUAGAUAUAGGAGAGAUGAUAGGAAAUCUCAUAAGUGAGUCCAUUUCUUGAAAAAAUAAUUAGUAUAGAUAAAAAGAAAUUCUGUCAUUUCAUGACCUA